AUGGACGAGCUUCGGAACAGACUUUUCAGCUUGCCAGAUUGGGGAUACGUCAUCUAUCGCACCACCUACACUGCUGAAUCCGAUACUGCUUUCCCUCACGCUAUCAGAUAUAUUGAGGCGUGUUUGAAAAAUGAAUUCUUUAAGGAAGUCACUCAACAACCUCGGUAUAGCAAUAAUGAUAUUCCUACCGACGUUUGGUCCAAAUACCAGUCGACGAUCAUAGAAGACCCGACACAAUUUGAUAGGGCUUCUCUUGAGACAGUUCGCGCUCAUUUUGAGGCUUGGGUCGAUGGCCAAGGAAUGCGUGAUGGGUUUAACAAAUAUCGAGUGUGUCUUAUCAUUGACGACGAAUCUCUCCAAACACUUAAAGGUACUCCAGUGGAGAAUGCCGAAAAGGAUACUGAUGAAUUACGAUUUGUGAAGGCUCUUGAAGCAUUUCCGAUCAUGGAUUCGUUGGACACCUUUCCCGGAUGGAUGAAAUGUUGGACACAGACGCUGUGGUUUCUUUGGCAGCAUAUGGGGGAUGGUGAUGAAAUGAGGCAGCUAUACGAUAUGAUCGAUGACUAUCCGGGCUUCGAGGGCGUUUUUUGUGGGUGA